UCCAUGGCCACAUUUUCAUCUCCUUCAAAAUAAAACACAUUCCCUCCUUUCAUCCUCACUUGAAGUCAACAAUCCAUGUCCACAUUUUCAUCUCCUUCAAAAUAAAACACAUUCCCUCCUUUCAUCCUCACUUGAAGUCAACAAGAUCUUGCUGAGGCCACAUAGGAAGGGGGCGAGGCCAAGUUGUAUUUCAGGGUCUCACACCUCAUUGGUCGACUCAAGAGUCCACUUCCAUAAGGAGGACGUGUGGACUCCAUAAAUUCUCGACGUGACGUCUCGUGCGCCGCUUUGGCAGCGUGUCCUGCCGGCUGACGUCUCGUCCUCAUCCUCAUCCUCAUCGUUCUCUUCCUCAUCAUCCUCAUCCUUCACUACACAGCUGCCGAGACGCUCGCCGACAACAUGUCCGAGAAAAAAAUGACCUCCAGCCGCAGGCAUCACCUCAAGAGCGUGAUCCUGCAGAUCGCCCUCAGCUGGUUGGAGCAGGAGAAGAAGGACAACGUGGAGCAGAAGGAGGCCUACAUGGCCGAACAUUGUCCCGCCCCAGACAUGAGCGGGGACCAGGCCGCCCUCACGGAGAUGGCCAGAAAGCUUUACGCCAUCCUGGACAAGCUGGAUGAGGAGCGCUACGAUGCUGAGGCCAAAGUGCAGAAAGCCAAGAAGGAGAUCGAGGAUCUCAACAUCAAGGUGGUGGACCUGCGAGGCGUCAAGAAGCCCGCCCUGAAGAAGGUGCGCAUGUCGGCCGACUCCAUGCUGCAGGCGCUGCUGGGCUCCAAGCACAAGGUCACCAUGGACCUCAGGUCCAACCUCAAGCAGGUCAAGAAGGAGGUCAAAGAGGAGCCCACAGAGGCGGUGGGCGACUGGCGCAAGAACAUCGAGGACAAGGCAGACAGGAAGAAGAUGUUUGAGACUUCCUAAAGUCGCUUCUUUGACCUUUGCUCCAUUUUGGCUUUGUUUUUGUGUUUUGUUACAGUCAACACAACCACGUCACACGGCACCACAACACGGCACCACAACAUGGCAUAACCACAUCACACAACAACAUGGCAUAACCACAUGGCACCACAACAUGU